AUGUUUGCACGUCAAUGCUCUCGUCUUGCCAACUCCCGGACAGCUGUCCCCUUGACAUCAUAUCUCGCGCGAGUCCGGGGAUACUCUUCAGCCGCCGGUAGCUACGAGCAUAUCCUGACCUCAACCCCGAAGCCCGGCGUAGGACUCAUCACCCUGAACCGACCUAAGGCCCUCAAUGCACUAUGCUCGCCGCUCAUGAAGGAGCUCAACGAAGCCCUAAGCACCUACGACAACGACAAGAGCAUCGGAGCGAUCGUCAUCACCGGAAGUGAAAAGGCCUUUGCAGCCGGCGCGGAUAUCAAAGAAAUGGCCCCCCUCAGCUUCUCAGCAGCAUACAGCGAAAACUUCAUCGCCCCCUGGUCCGACCUCGCAAACUCAAUCCGGAAACCCGUCAUCGCAGCCGUCUCCGGCUACGCCCUAGGCGGAGGCUGUGAACUUGCCUUGAUGUGCGACAUCCUCUACUGCAACGAGAAAGCCGUCUUCGGACAGCCGGAGAUCAAGCUAGGAACUAUUCCCGGUGCCGGAGGAUCUCAGCGUCUGACUCGUGCGAUUGGCAAGAGUAAGGCUAUGGAAUUGAUUCUUACUGGGAAGAACUUUUCUGGUAAGGAGGCUGGGGAGUGGGGUGUUGCGGCGAGGGUUGUUGAUGGGGGGUUGGAUGAGUUGCUUGAGACUGCUUUCAAGACGGCGGAGACUAUUGCUUCUUAUAGUCGGGUUUCGGUGCUUGCGGGUAAGGAGGUUGUUAAUAAGAGUCAGGAGUUGUCUCUUAAGGAGGGGAUUGAGUAUGAGAGGAGGUUGUUCCAUGCGCUUUUUGGAAGCAAGGAUCAGAAGAUUGGUAUGACUGCCUUCGCUGAGAAGAAGAAGCCUGAGUGGUCUCACGAGUAG